AGUCUUGAGUCCGAGUUCAGUCCGUGAGAAACCAUGUCCGCCGUUAAAGGCAAACUGUACUCACCUCUAAUCUAAUUUAAAACAAAUUCUCCAUGAAAUAACACUAACGCGCGGCCUCAAGUAUGGCCAACUCGGGUGCCGUUCAGGUGAAACUGGAACUUGGUCAUCGUGCCCAGGUCAGAAAGAAACCCACAGUGGAAGGCUUUACCCACGACUGGAUGGUGUUUGUGCGAGGACCAGAGCACAGCAACAUCCAGCACUUUGUGGAGAAAGUAGUUUUUCAUCUGCACGAAAGCUUCCCGAAACCAAAAAGAGUGUGCAAGGAUCCACCAUACAAAGUGGAGGAAUCUGGAUACGCAGGCUUCAUCUUGCCCAUUGAAGUUUAUUUCAAAAGCAAGGAAGAACCGAAGAAAGUUCGCUUUGAUUACGACCUGUUCCUCCACCUGGAAGGCCACCCACCUGUCAAUCAUCUCCGCUGUGAAAAGCUCACUUUCAACAAUCCAACAGAGGAAUUUCGUAGGAAACUACUGAAAGCUGGAGGGCAACGGAAUCCUCACAAACGACGUUCAGAAGACUCAAAAGUGAUGGUAAUGCAGGAGGGCUCGACCUCCCUGUUUGGCUCACACCUCAAGCUGCCGACACUUCCCAACAGCUCAUUGACAUCUUCCUUGUCUGACCCAAAAAAGAGCAAAAGCUUCAAUACAUUGAAGGAUGGUUCUAAAGGAAAUAGUUUCCUCAUCACAGCCACAACCACCAGCACUGACAAUAGCAGCAUCUCCAAACUCCACAAGCCCUUCAAGGACCAUAAAGACAAGACCCCAAAAGACUUAAAAGAGACCUUAAAAGAGCCCAAAAGUGCCUUUAGAGACUCAGGCUGGGAAUCUGGAAAAGUCCCCAAAGAACCUUCCAGGAAACCCAAAGAGAACCAGCCACUUAGAGAAAUCAAUCCUAAGAUGGGCUUCAAGGAGCCCAAGUCUUUGUCUAAAGAGCAUAGGACUGAGGGAAUAACCCAUGGGUCAGGGCUAAACAAGCGUCUGUCUGCCCUUGAUGGUGAUAAUCAUGUGACCAAAAAACGCAAAAAGGGAUUUGUGAAUUCCUCCGAAAUGUCAGGGUUAGACAGUCAGAGUUUGGAUAAGAAACUCUUGAGGGAUAGAUCACAGUUGCAGACAAGUAAAUUACGACCAGAAAGUGAUGAAGCAGAACGCAGGAGUCUGACGACACUUCCGGCCUUCCAGGACCUGGUGGAUCCUAAUGACUCUGAUAUGGAGGAGCAAUCUACCAGAUCAGAUUCUGAACAGCCCAGUCCAGCCAGUUCCAGCUCCAGUUCAGGCUUUGCUCCCACACACCACAAACGGCAAGUGCUCGGCUCCCUGCAGUCAGUGAUGCAGGAUCUGCACUCAGACGACAACGAUGAUGAUUCAGAGGAUGACAAUGACGACAUGGAUUCAGACACAGAUCGAGCAGCUCAUGCACACCUCACACACCACCAACGCAGGGUUAGUUUAAGCGAUGGCAGUGAGAAUGACAGCUCCUCCCACUCACCCCCCUCCUGCAAUGAGGCACCACCCUUAUUAAAGACUACUAAUAACCAGAUACUGGAAGUGAAGAGUCCCACCAAGCAGAGCAAGCAGGACAAGACCAAAAGCAUGGAAUGUGACAAGGCUUACCUGGAUGAGCUGGUGGAGCUGCACAAAAGGCUGAUGACACUAAGAGAAGGUCAUAUACUGCAACAGAUUGUAAACCUCAUUGAAGAGACUGGACACUUCCACAUCACAAACACAACUUUUGACUUUGACCUUUGCUCUUUGGACAGAAGUACAGUAAGGAAACUUCAGAGUUACCUGGAAACAUCUGGAUUGUCCUGAGGCUCUGAGCAGCUGGCUGCUGGAUCUCUGCCUCCACUGACUUUUCUCGAAUUAAUUCCAGCUUUGAAUGCGGUGGAAAAGCAUUCGCCAUGUGACCAGCAUGCUGGUUUGACUGGCCUCUCUGAAUAAAAUGGUCGCCCCACUGCAGAAACCAGGGCCAAAUGUUAUUGUGAUGAGCCUGUCGACCAGGACGUCAUCCAGCAAAGCUUUGAAAACUUUACUUGACACAGGGGGGUGGGUGGGUAGCGGUGACUUUGUUGCUCUUAAUGAAUGUGCAUAUUGUUACCAUGUUUGUUUCUUGAUUUGUUCUUUAUUGUGACAAAUGCAUGGUCAACUUUGCCUUACAAUAUUGUAAGUCUUAUUUAUUAAAUUUAAUUUGCAGGUGUGUGUGUGCGCGUGCGUUGGGGGGAAAAAAAGUGAAACAAGACUUUUUGAAGCACUUCAUAAGGCGCAGGUCUAUCCCUAAAUCUGUUUGAUAGCUGAGCAUUAAUACUAGCCGGUCACUGAUUUGAUCUCUAAUCAAAUAUCAGACUGAAUGAUUUGCCACAGCAGGUGUGAGGGCAACACAUGCAUUUACUGUUAUUCUGUUUGGAUUCAGCAAACGAUUAUAAAUGUGCAGCUUCACAGAGAAGUGCCGUCGGCCUUCACGCAGACGCUCCUGAGUCACGUGUAGUCAGUUUUUGUCAGAAUCCAGCCGGAGGUCUGUCUGGUGAAUGAAAAGACGUGGAUGACAAAUGACAUGGCGUGUGAUGACAAAUGACAUGGCGUGUUUUAUAUUUAAAAUAAAAAUUGAGUUGAGAGCGCCAUCUCUUGAAAGUGAAAAUUAUAAGUUUGAGAAUCUGAGUUGUUCACCACUUUAUUGAAGCCAAUUUUAGUUCACUGGAAAUAUCCCAUUGCCUUUUAAUUAAAUUUGCUAUCCACACAGAGGCUGGUUCUGUAUAAAAUGUGGCUGAUCUGUCUUUGAAACUUUAAAAAUUGCUGGACGCAUCUCAAAAGCUGAUAAGAGGGUUUCAGUUGCUGAUCACCGGGCAGACAAACGUUUUUUUGUUUUUUUGAAGCUGUGGCCUUCAGUGCGGACGUGUUACUCUAGUGUUAAGAGUUCUGUUUAAGUUUCAACUUAGAAAGGAAAAAAAAAAAAAAGUAUUUUUAUGUGAUUUAUUAAAGCCGCCUUUAUGUAAAACUGCAAAAUUAUGUAUGAUGCCCUCCAGUGGUAGGUUUUUUUUUUUUUUUUAAAAACAAAAAAAAAAAAACUGUACUUUGGCACCGUCUCCUUCAACUUGGAUGAAACUCAGAACUACUACUAGAAGUGUCCUUCUGUACAAAGUGGGCUGAUUUUUAAAAAGAGUAUCGUGCUGCACAUAUCAGCUUUAAAUGCAUUCAUUGAUAAUUCAGCUGCUCAAAAGGUGUUGAAUUCACUUUGACUUUAGCAUCAUUUUUGUAAAAGGAUAACAGGCUUUGGCAGUUUGUACUCUCUGGGUAGCUUUUAUAUCAACACUGUAACAGCAGGGCAUUAGUGACUGCUCACUUGUGCUGAGCACAAAUCUUGAUGGGGAAAGUUCUCAUAACAAUCAAAUAGAUAUAUUUUUACCAAAUCCAGGAAUACUGUCCUGCAGGAGGUCCUGCCUAUGGGCUCAUUGGCUGUAACUUAACAAAAGCUUUGCUGUGUCAUCUCCUGCUGCAGGUCCAAUGUUAAAUGCCCAACAUAUAGUUAAUGGAUUCAGUUAAUUUAGGAUGUCUGUCCACAGACUAAGAUAAUCUCUGGCACUAGUAGAAGUGGUGGUAGAACAGACCUGAGCCCUGUAGGUGGAAAAGGAGAAGAAACUCUGUUGAUGUUCUGCAUUUCUGAAAUGCUAACAGGUGAAAUACAAGAGCUUUCUUAUUUUGUGGGAAUGCGACUUGUUAAAUCAAAGCUGAACAUAGGAGAAUGCCUUUGUUAGACUUGUUACAAGGGACACGUCUGACAGACUGGUAAACUAAACUUGAAGAUGAAGGUUCUUUCCAAAUGACCUUAAAAGGUUUUUCUUAUGAUUUCAUGAGUAUUUUUGAAGACUUGUAAUAAAUAUUCUGUAUGAUGUACAGAUCACUUACUUGUGGAUGAGCUGGUUUUUGUGUUUAUUAUUUUGUUUUUUAGGUAACUUUAUAUUUUGUCACUGUAUGCAAAUUCUGGUUUUAGGCCCAAAUAGCAGGUUCCAGCGCCCCCCUAGUGAUGGAAUGUUAAACUCACUGAGAUAAAUGGGCUGGCUGAAGUGCAUAGGCAGCACCAUUUCCUGCUGGGAUUGUCUCUGAAGUGUGAAAUCCCCUUUUUAAAUUUCUAUAUUUAUUGAUAUUCAGUUCAUUGUAAUGAUGCAGAAAGUUCUACAGACCACUUCCCUUUGCUCGAGCAGCAAAAUCUUGAUGAAGCCGGCAUUAUCCCGCAACUCUGUGGGCAUUGUCGUGGUCGCUACCUCCAACGUUCCACAUCUUUACCAAACGUCAUUUAAAAUCUGUUGCUUCCUGUUUUGUUUUGUUUUUUUUUAACCAGACAAUCAUAACCAGCAAUGAAAAACAGUUUAAAGCAUAAACUGUAUUUAAAGAUGGACAUGGCAUCCCUCCUGGACAGGAAGCUAAAAUAACUUGACUGCCCUCUAGUGGCUGGCAAUACAAGUCAAAAACCUCACCCUUAUGUUGUAUAGCUUAAAGAAAAUGUUAAGCUAAAAUAAAUACAUUUCUCAUUAAGCACCUUAUUGUAUCCAUUUAUUAUUUAACUGACCAGUUUUUAAAUUUGUUUAUGCUUUUUAAUACUAUGCAUUUUGUUAUGAUUGACAGCAGCUGCUGAUAAAAUAUUCAUAGAGGCACCUGUUUAGAAUUUAUUAACGGUCAAAGAGUAGUUUGGUAGUAAACUGUACUGUUGUACUGAGAGUCUGGAGACCCAAAUGUUGCCAUUUAGGGGUGCAAAAUCAGUUCCCCCUUAACUACCUCCACUACAAGCUGCUUUGAUAGCUGGUGAGACCUCCCUAGUUCACUUGAGUCUUGACAAAUGGAGAGACUUUAAAAUAACCCACAGACCCAAUACUGAAGCUGCUGUUUAUAAAAGGGUACUUGUGGCAUCACAGAAACAAUGUGGUAAGUUGUCCAGUUGCUCCAUUUAUUGUGGUGAAACAACUUUUUUUUUCUUCUUUUUUUUUCUAAAUAAGCAGAAAAACAACUUGUUUCUGCUGCUGAAGGAUUUUUUUUUAAAUCUAUGGAGAAGGUUCAGAUGUUCAUUGGUGCUUAUCUGUAUUUAAUUACAGUGCAGAAUCUGUGCUGUUACAGUCCAUUGCUAUGCUGUGUCUUCUAACUUGUAAUCAGUCUGCCUACUUAAAGGGUGAAAAGUAGUCACUGUGCUGUUUGAUAUUAUACACAAGUCAUAUUAUCAUCCUUUAAACAGCAGGGACCUCAUGGAAAUGCUGCAUCAUUAUCAGGGAAAAAUGUACACU